AUGGACAGCGUAUAUGGAAAAUGCGCACAGUGUGAGAGAUUUAAUACUUCUUUUGCCUGGUGUCAAUCGUGCGACCCUUUUAAAGCCACUCAAGGAUGGACUAGUGGAAAUAAUAAUAUCGAUGAUUGUAUUAAAGAAUUGCAACUUAAAAGUGCUGAAUAUGAAAAUGUAAUUGAGUGGAUUCCGUUUAAUAGGCUCUCUAACUUGCGCAAAAUCGGGUUGAAUUUUCAAGCAUUGUGGUUAGAUGGAAUACGAAUUACUAAAAAUAAUACACAGUCACGUACAUUACCUUAUUCAGUUGAAAUUAAGAAAUUUAAUUACCCACAAAUCGACGCAUUAGAAUUUAUGAAAGAAUCUAAAAAUUACACGCAACUAGAAGAUAAUGAACGUAGACUAUUUGGAAUAACACGGGAUACAACAACUGGUCAAUAUAUGGUUGUAUUUGAUGAUUUUUAUAACAAAAGAAAUAUUAUAUAUGGAAAUUGUAUACAGUGCGAGAGACAUAAUACUUCAGAAGCCUGGUGCCAGCCUUGUGAUUCUUUUAAAACUAUUCAAGGAUGGACUAGUGGAGAUAAGGAUAUUGAUGAGUGUAUUAAAGAAGAACAACUUAAAAGUACAAAAUAUGAAGAUGUAAUUGAGUGGAUUCCGUUUAAUAGGUUAUCUAACUUGCGCAAAAUCGGGUUGAAUUUUCAAGCAUUAUGGUUAGAUGGAAUACGAAUUGUCAACAAUAAUACACAAUCACGUACAUUAUCUUGUUCGGUUAAAAUUACGAAAUUUAAUAAUUCACAAAUUAACACAUUAGAAUUUAUAAAAGAACUUAAAAAUUAUAGGCAAUUGAGGGAUAAUGAACGCAAACUUUACGGAAUAACACAAGAUACAACUAAUCAAUACAUGCUUGUAUUUGAUGCUUUAUAUCACAAAGGGAAUGUUAAAUGUGGAAAGUGUAAACAGUGUAAGGGAUUUAAUACUUCAGAAGCCUGGUGCCAGCCGUGUGAUUCUUUUAAAACUAUUCAAGGAUGGACUAGUGGAAAUAAUAAUAUCGAUAAGUACAUUAAAGAAGCACAACUCAAAACUACAAAAUAUGAAAAUGUAAUUGAGUGGAUUCCGUUAAAUAGGUUAUCUAACUUGCAAAAAACAGGAUUAAAUUUUCAAGCAUUAUGGUUGGAUGGAAUACGAACUAUCAAAAAUAAUACACAGUCACGUACAUUACCUUAUCCGGUUGAAAUUAAUAAAUUUAAUUAUCCACUAAUCGACACAUUAAAAUUUAUGAAAUUUAAAAAUUACAUACAACUAGAAGAUAAUAAACGUAAACUAUACGGAAUAACACAGAAUACAACAAGUGAAUACAUGUUUGUAUCUAAAGAAUGUUAUUACAAAAGGGAUAUUAAAUAUGGAAAUUGUACACAAUGCGAGAGAAAUAAUACUUCAGAAGCCUGGUGUCAAUCAUGUGACCCUUUUAAAACAACUCAAGGAUGGACUAGUGGAGAUAAGGAUAUCGAUGAGUGCAUUAAAGAAGCACAACUUAAAAGUACAGAGUAUGAAAAUGUAGUUGAGUGGAUUCCGUUUAAUAGGUUACUUAACCUGCAAGAAAUAGGAUUAAAUUUUCAAGCAUUAUGGUUAGAUGGAAUCCGAAUUAUUAAAAAUAAUACACAGUUACGUACAUUACCUUAUCCGGUUGAAAUAAAGAAAUUCAAUUAUCUACAAAUUGACGCAUUAGAAUUUAUGAAAGAAUUGAAAAAUUACAUACAACUAGAAGAUAAUGAACGUAAACUAUUCGGAAUAACACGGGAUACAACAACUGGUCAAUAUAUGAUUGUAUUUGAUGAUUUCUAUAACAAAAGGAAUAUUAUAUAUGGAAAGUGUAUACAGUGCGAGAGAUAUAAUACUUCAGAAGCCUGGUGCCAGCCUUGUGAUUCUUUUAAAACUAUUCAAGGAUGGACUAGUGAAGAUAAGGAUAUUGAUGAAUGCAUCAAAGAAGCACAACUUAAAAGUGCUGAAUAUGAAGAUGUAAUUGAGUGGAUUCCGUUUAAUAGAUUAUCUAACUUGCGCAAAAUCGGGUUGAAUUUUCAAGCAUUGUGGUUAGAUGGAAUACGAGUUAUUAAAAAUAAUACACAGUUACGUACAUUACCUUAUUCAGUUGAAAUCAAGAAAUUUAAUUAUCCACAAAUCGGCACAUUAGAAUUUAUUAAAGAAUUUAAAAAUUACAUACAACUAGAAGAUAAUGAACGCAAACUAUUCGGAAUAACACGGGAUACAACAACUGGUCAAUAUAUGAUUGUAUUUGAUGAUUUCUAUAACAAAAGGAAUAUUAUAUAUGGAAAGUGUAUACAGUGCGAGAGAUAUAAUACUUCAGAAGCCUGGUGCCAGCCUUGUGAUUCUUUUAAAACUAUUCAAGGAUGGACUAGUGGAGAUAAGGAUAUUGAUGAGUGCAUCAAAGAAGCACAACUUAAAAGUGCAAAAUAUGAAGAUGUAAUUGAGUGGAUUCCGUUUAAUAGAUUAUCUAACUUGCAAGAAAUAGGAUUAAAUUUUCAAGCAUUAUGGUUAGAUGGAAUACGAACUAUCAGAAAUAAUACACAUUCACGUACAUUAUCUUGUUUGGUUGAACUUAAGAGGAUGAAUCAUUCGCAAAUUAACAGAUUAGAAUUUAUGAAAGAAUGCGAGAGAUAUAAUACUUCAGAAGCCUGGUGUCAGUCGUGUGAUUCUUUUAAAACUAUUCAAGGAUGGACUAGUGGAGAUAAGGGUAUUGAUGAGUGCAUUAAAGAAUCACAACUUAAAAGUACAAAAUAUGAAGACGUAAUUGAGUGGAUUCCGUUUAAUAGGCUAUCUAACUUGCAAAAAAUCGGGUUGAAUUUUCAAGCAUUAUGGUUAGAUGGAAUACGAAAUGUCAGAAAUAACACACAGUCACGUACAUUAUCUUGUUCGGUUGAACUUAUGAGGAUGAAUGAUUCGCAAAUUAACAGAUCAGAAUUUAUGAAAGAGUUUAAAAAUUACAUGCAGCUAGAAGAUAAUAAGCGCAAACUAUACGGAAUAACACAGAAUACAAUAACUGGUCAAUAUAUGAUUGUAUUUGAUGAUUUUUAUAACAAAAGAAGAUGGACUAGUGGAAAUAAGGAUAUCGAUGAGUGUAUUAAAGAGCUUCAACUUAAAGCUACUAAGUAUGAAGACGUAAUUGAGUGGAUUCCUUUUGAUAAGUUAUUAAACUUGAAAAAAAUAGAAGAGUCCAAGUUUAAUGCACAAUGGUUAGAUGGUAUACGAAAGCUCAAGUCACGUACACUGCUAUAUAAGCAAUUUAAUACAUUGGAAUUUAUACAGUCACGCGAGUUAUCAUGUACGGUUGAACUUAUAAAAUUAGAUGAUUCACAAAUUGACACAUUAGAAUUUAUAAAAAAGCUUAAAAAUUACAUGCAAUUGAAGAAUGGUAAACUUAGAUUAUACGGAAUAACGCAAGAUACGACAACAAACCAAUAUAUGGUUGUAUUUGAUGAUUUUCAUUGUGAAAGAGAUAUAUUAUAUGGAAAAUGUGCACAUUGCAAUAGAUAUAAUACUUCAGAAGCCUGGUGCCAAUCAUGUGAUCCUUUUAAAACCACUCAAGAAUGGACCAGUGGAAGUAAAGAUAUCGAUGAUUACAUUAAAGGGCUUCAACUCAAGAGUACAAGAUAUGAAGAUGUAAUUGAAUGGAUUCCAUUUAAUAGGUUAUCUAACUUGCAAAAAAUAGACGAAUACAAAUUUCAUGCACUAUGGCUAGAUGGAAUACGAAAAGUCAAAAACAACACACAAUUGCGUACGUUAUCAUGUUUAGUAGAACUUCAAAAAUUAGAUGGUUUACAAAUUGAUGCAUUGAAGUUUAUAAAAAAAUUUAAAAGUUUUGUGCAAUUUGAAAAUAAUGGGCAUAAAAUAUUUGGGAUAACUCAAAAUACUACAUCGAAACAAUAUAUGACCGUAAUUGAUUAUUGCAUUUCUAGGAGAGAUGAGAAAUACGGUGUAUGCAGAUGGGAUGAGCAUUAUAAUACCUCGAGAGGCUGGUGUCAAUCGUGCGAUCCUUUUGAAAUAACUCAAGCAUGGACAAGUGAAAGCAUUGAUGUAGAUGAUUGUAUCAAAGAAUUUCAAUUUAUUGCCACAGAAUAUGAAAAAAUAAUAGAAUGGAUCCCUUUUGAUAGAUUAAAUAAUAUACAGCACAUCGGGAAAGGAGGAUUUGGUGACGUUUUUUCCGCAAACUGGAUAGACGGAAAAAGAAAGGUUCUAAAUGAUGGCAAAGGAUUCAUACAGUCACGAAUACAAUCUUACUUAGUUGCACUCAAGACUUUAUCUGGUUCUUCGAGUUCUGCAGAUUUCUUAAGAGAAUUUAAAAAUCACAUGCGAUGUAGAUUAAUGGGGAGUAGCCUUGAAGGAUCGUGGCUUGAAAGAUCAAAGUCAUAUAUUAUAGAUCUAGGAUUGUCUCGGAAAAACGAAGGGACUCCCGAUUUUUAUGUGGAAUUUUCAGAACUGUGUAUGAAUUUUGAUCCACAAAAACGGCCUACUGCAAAAGAAAUUUUUUAUAAGUUAGAAGAAUGGUAUAAUUUGAUUAAUGAUUUUGAUGAAACUGAAUAUUACGAUGAUACUCAGGAGAUUGACAGAUUUGAAUUCAAAGAAUUCGAUGAAAUUGAUGAAUCAAAAGUAGAAAUGCUUAAUAAAUUCUUAGAAUCUGAUGAAAUAGUUAAACAGUCACCCGUGGCUUUGCAAAUACAUCAAGAUUCUGA